GUGACGUCAGACGCUGCUUGUCGGCCGGAAAGAGUCAGUCGAGAGAAGGAGAAACGGCUGCCGGGCGGCAGAUCUUUUCAGACAUGGACAAUGAAGACGUUCCGGAAUUUCUGAGCCCUAAAGAAGAAAUCGCUUACUGGAAGGAGCUCUGUCAGAAAUUAAAGCAAAGUUGCCAAGAAGCUCGCGAGGAGCUGGAGGAAUUUCAAGAGGGAAGCCGAGAGCUGGAAGCCGAGCUGGAAACCCAACUGGUCCAGGCCGAGCAGAGGAACCGAGACCUGGUAGCCGACAACCAAAGACUUAAAUACGACGUGGAGACCUUAAAGGAGAAGCUUGAGCACCAGUAUUCACAGAGCUACAAGCAGGUGUCGCUCCUGGAGGACGAGCUGGCCCGAGCCCGGAGCAUUAAGGACCAGCUGCACAAGUACGUGCGGGAGCUCGAACAGGCCAACGACGACCUGGAGCGAGCCAAGCGGGCGACGAUCGUGUCUCUGGAGGAUUUCGAGCAGCGGUUGAAUCAGGCGAUCGAAAGGAACGCCUUCCUCGAAAGCGAACUGGACGAGAAGGAGUCUCUGCUGGUCUCCGUGCAAAGACUGAAGGAUGAGGCUCGAGAUUUAAGGCAGGAAUUGGCUGUACGAGAGAGACAGACGGAUGGGACAAGAAAGUCUGCCCCCAGCUCCCCCACUCUGGACUGCGAGAAAAUGGACUCUGCCGUGCAGGCCUCGCUCUCCCUGCCUGCCACCCCCGUGGGCAAAAUGUCAGAAAACGGCUUUACUUCCCCCAAAGGCAUCCCCAACGGUCUGGGAAGCUCGCCGCUCACACCGUCUGCCAGGAUAUCCGCGCUAAACAUCGUGGGGGACCUGUUGAGAAAAGUCGGGGCCUUGGAAUCCAAACUGGCCGCCUGCAGGAACUUUGCGAAGGACCAGGCCUCGCGGAAAUCCUACAUGCCCUCGAACCUGAACAGCCCCGGCGUCCUGAACAACGGUGCCGCCAAAUACGUCCACCCCGGGCACACGUCCUUCUUCGACAAAGGGCAGGAAAAAGUCAUUUUCCCCACGUUAUUUAUGGGGCAGUGAACGGGUAUGACCCGCCAGGAGUUUUAGGUCCCCGUCCCCCAUCUCCUCCAGGCCUCCUUCCUUUAAGCGUUUGAACAUAUAGGAGCUCGCGAAGGGACUUGAACUAUUCAACACGGGUGUUCUGCUAAAAAUGGAGGAAAAACAAAAAACCCUAAACAAAAAAACCUAAAAAAACCCAAAAACAAAA